CACACAGGUAAAAGACGAGCAGCGAAAGCGUCAAUUACGAAUCGCAUUUUCGGUGUCCUUUUUCGAGCUUUUUUGACCCUGCCAGACACCGUAUCAGUUGACAUGUUUUUUGUUUUUUUUAUGACAGUCACCUGACUGAAACAAAUCCAUGUUUCAUUCUCUUCUGUGCUAAAUACCUGGUCAGUUUACAGACAUACAUUGACUUUGUUGUUACCAGAGGACAUGCAUGUUAUCAUCCCUGGGAGGGGUUUGUGGCUAACGCAGCUAGCUAUCUGAAUUAAUGCUCUUCUGUUGUCUCGUCUGGAUUGUGACUGCUUGGAGAACACCGGGAUAAAAAUGCCUCAGUCAGCGAGUAUCAUCAGUGGGAUCCAGAAGAUGGUUCUGUAUGAAACCAGAGCCAGAUAUUUUUUGGUUGGGACCAAUCAGGCACAGACCAAACACAGAGUCCUGAAGAUUGACCGCACAGAACCCAAGGACCUGGUCAUAAUUGAUGAUAAGCAUGUGUAUAGCCAGCAAGAGGUUCGGGAGUUGCUGGGCCGCUUGGACCUGGGCAACCGCACCAAAAUUGGCCAAAAGGGUUCCUCGGGCCUGUCCAGGGCUGUCUCAGCCUUUGGCAUUGUGGGAUUUGUACGUUUCCUCGAGGGGUACUACAUUGUGUUGAUCACCAAGCGUAGAAAGAUGGCCGACAUCGGUGGCCACUCCAUCUACAAAAUUGAAGACACCAGCAUGAUCUACAUCCCCAAUGACUCAGUCAGGGUUACACACCCUGACGAAGCAAGAUAUGUGCGGAUCUUUCAGAAUGUGGACCUAUCCAGCAACUUCUACUUCAGCUACAGCUAUGACCUGAGCCAUUCGCUGCAGUACAACCUGACUUUGCUGCAGAGGCCUUACGAACUGUGGUCAUCACCAGCAUCCUCUGCGGAGGAAGAGGUACAAACACAGAGCAAGCAGGACUGCUUUGACAUCUUUGAAGAUGAGGGUUUGCCUACGCAAGUGGUUUACGGCCUCCUGAACGAGCCGUACUACAAGUACGUGUGGAACGGGAAGCUACUGGAGCGAGUCAAGGACAUAGUGCAUCAUGACUGGCUCAUGUAUAUAAUCCAUGGCUUUUGUGGCCAGUCCAAGCUUCUGAUCUACGGCCGUCCGGUUCACAUCACCCUCAUUGCCAGGCGCUCCAGCAAAUUUGCCGGGACCCGCUUCCUCAAAAGAGGAGCCAACUGCGAGGGGGAUGUGGCUAAUGAAGUUGAAACCGAGCAGAUCGUCCAUGACGCCUCAGUCAUGUCUUUCACAGCAGGAAGUUACUCCUCAUACGUCCAGGUGCGAGGAUCAGUCCCGCUGUACUGGUCCCAGGACAUUUCCACCAUGAUGCCAAAACCCCCAAUACGAUUGGACCAAGCUGACCCAUAUGCCCAUGUAGCUGGCCUCCAUUUUGACCAGAUGCUGCAGCGGUUUGGCUCUCCUAUCAUCAUCCUCAACCUGGUCAAGAAACGAGAAAAAAGGAAACAUGAGAAGAUUUUGAGUGAAGAGCUCUACCCAGCUGUGAUCAACCUGAAUCAGUUCCUCCCUCCCGCCAACUGGAUCGACUACAUCGCCUGGGACAUGGCCCGCUACACCAAGAGUAAGUUGUGCAACGUCCUGGACCGUCUGAGUAUGAUAGCAGAAAACGUGGUUAAACGGACAGGUUUCUUCAUUAACUGCUCCGACUUCUUCUGUCAUACCCUCAGACCAGAUGACAGGUGGGGAGAUUUAGGUGGACACAUCGCAGCCAGUGGACGGGUUCAGACCGGCGUGUUGCGGACCAACUGUGUGGACUGUCUUGAUCGGACCAACACUGCCCAGUUCAUGGUGGGGAAGUGUGCGCUGGCCUAUCAGCUUUAUGCACUGGGAAUGAUUGACAAGCCCAAACUCCAGUUUGAUACUGACUGUGUGAGGUUGUUUGAGGAACUGUAUGAGGACCAUGGAGAUACUUUGUCACUGCAGUACGGCGGCUCUCAGCUGGUCCACAGGGUCAAGACCUACCGCAAGAUCGCUCCCUGGACACAACACUCCAAAGACAUCAUGCAGACACUGUCACGCUACUACAGCAAUGCUUUCUCAGAUGCUGACAGACAGGAUGCCAUCAACCUGUUUCUCCAAGUCUAUCAGCCAUCAGAGUCCAAGCCGCACCUGUGGGAGCUGCCCACUGACUUCUACCUGCAUCAGAAGAACACCAUGGCCUUGCCCCAAGAUAGACGCAGCUACACACUGUGGUGGUCAGAAGGAAUCUUAUCCUACCUUCCUGUGGCCUAUGAUGAAGUCCCCUGUGAGGAAAACAUGAAGAAAGUCAAGGUGAAGAGAGUUAACCGCUUUGAUGAAAGUAUUGACAUCUACACAGAAUUCUUCAAACCUUAUGAACUCACCUCCUUUGAUGACACAUUCUGCAUUGCCAUGACCAACUCUGCAAGGGAAUUUAUGCCCAAGACAGUGGGCGUGGAUCCAAGCCCAUUCACAGUUCGCAAGCCAGAAGAAACAGGAAAAUCAGUGUUGGGCAACAAGACCAGUAAAGAGGAGACGCUCCUCCAGAGGAAGACUGCAGCCAGCGCACCUCCUCCCCCGAGCGAGGAGGCCAUCAGCAGCACAUCGGAAGAUGACUCAGAGGACGACCGCGACGACGAUGGAUCCGUGUCCCAGCGCUCUACCCCUAUCAAACUGCUAACAGAGUCUGGCGAGAGUAAUCGCACACAGGAGGAGAUCCAGCAGCAGCAGCAGCAGUCAGUUAAGGAGCCCUAUGGACUCAAUCUGGCUGAGUUUCCUGCUGAGGAAGACCAGCUCAUUUAUGAAAGGUUUGCACAUCUGGGCGAGAGCCAGCACAGGGUGGAAAGAACCGAACGCAUCAACCUGGCGCACAUCAUCUGCUUAGAGCCAGUGUCCUGCUUCCCUGAGGACAGCAUCUACGCCGCUUUGCCUCCGCAGGUCGACAGAGACAGCCGCGAUGAGUUCGAGAGCCAUGUGAUGACAGGUCAGGGCCAGGUGAGGGUUCUCUGCAGGGACGACAUGUUGAUGUACAGGGAGUACGUCAAGAACAGAUACAUGUGAGACAGUGACAAACAGGACCUGGAUUCUCUGUUACUAAUAUGCAAAUCAAGAUUAUAAAACUUUUGUUUGUAGCUACUGGAUAGAGCAAGAGAGCUACCUCUUGGUGUUUUGUAUGCUUGGAGGAGACUGUAUUUGGACUAAUCUAUGCAGGUUGAUUUUCUUUUCUUUUUAAUCAGUCAUUUGUGUGUUUUAAUAGCCUCAAAUGGUGUCCAGUUUAUGUUUUUUAUUCAUUCAGACAUGUCUACUACCUAUAUGGUGCUUUUUAUUUGUUUCCAUCAAAAACAUUUUAAUUGCAUUCUUUUAAGAAGGUUUAUUUAACUAUAUGUACAUUUCAAACAUGUAAAUUGAUGUAAAUUGCUUCGACUCUUAAAUAUUUGUAUGCUGGGACCAUUAAUGUGAUGGCAGGCCCAAAGAUUAUGACUAUCUUGAUUUUCUUUUUUUAUUCAUUCUGUUAAACAGGUUUUCAAGUCAUUUGUGGCUUAAAAACAUUGAAAAAGCCACCAUAGGAAUAUACGUUUAUACGUUUACAACUUCAAACAGCCUUAUAUAAAUUUGUAAAACGUACUGUAAAUGUAUAUCCAGAUCAUUUGACUUUUUUCCUAUUUUGCACUGAUAUUGUGGGUUUUUAUCAAUUUUUUAGUUUACAAAACUGCAAAUUGAUUUUGUUUUAUAUGAAGCAUUUCUGUUAUGUCAGGUGAUUUAUGUGCAUUUAGCUCUAAAUUAAACAUUUAUUUAUUAA